AUGGCACCGACGGGGCAGAUAUGGCUCAUCGUCCACGCCGGGCUCACGGGGUCCCUGAUGCUCAGCAUCGUCUCCGACAUUGCCGGCGUCAUUCUCACAUCGUGGCAGUACGACGACGGCUCCUUUGAUCGGGUAUCCCACACGGCAUCCGGCAUCCGCAGCCUCGACGAGAUCUACCAGUACACCGGCCUGAUUGCCGUCCUCUACCGACGCAUCGUCAACGCCUUGUUUGUCAUUGUAUUCGCCGAGCUGGGUAACGGCUUCCGCUACGCGCAAAUCAGGAAGCCGCCCCCUUUUCGGGGCGUCGUGCGCGCCGCCGCCCUUGGCGUCGCCGUGUCGAUUUUCGCCCUUGCCGUGGCGUACUUUGCUCUGCCGCUUAUCGCCCUCAUCCACUAUUACCAGACGACGGGCUACAAUGCCGUGGUGGACGCGUGGGACAAGUGCAGGUCGUUGGGGGCUGCGAGUGACGUGAUUAAUUUUGCGGUCUCGAUUGUCCAGGUCGUGUACGCUGGAUUUGUGCUGGGCCAGUAUGCCGGGCUCCCGGGGCAAAAGUCGGCCGCCCUCUACCUUGUUGCCACCAUCCUCGACGCCCUGCGCUGUGCGGUCGGGAUUGUGGUCCUCGGAAGGUGGAUUCUCCCCGACGAGCAAAUCCCCUACGCUUGGAAUGUCGUCGACGUCGUCUUUGAAUCGUGGGUUCCCUUCGUCGUCUUGGUGCUGCUCCUCGUCAUUGGCAAGCGCAGGCAGGAUGGUCUCUGGAGCACUGGUCGACGCGCGACGCAGGGCGGCCAGGGAGGCUGUCCUCAACAGGCCGUGCCCGAGGAUGGCAAAGCGCCUCCUCCUCCGCAUGGUUACUACCAGCAUCCCCCUCCGCAGCAGGAGAAUCCUGUGUGGCAGUACCAGCAGGUGAAUCCGGCCCCGGGUGUGGCGUGGAAUCCUCACGAGCUGGCGUCGCCGCAGCAGGUUGCAAAUCCGGGUGAGCUUGAUUCAAGACAGAUAAAGCAGCCUGUGUAUUAUGUGAGCGCGCAUCAAGUCCCUGUUGAAGUUUCGGCCGAGAAGAAUGUGUAG